GAAAGUUCUCCUUAUAUGGAGAGGGGCUGCAGGACGAGUGCCUAUAAAAACGCAGCAGUCAAUCGGCCCGACGUCACAGUCAACUUCUUGAGCGCCGACUCAUCACACGCUGUUCAUCCACGCGAUUCUCUUCAGUGUCAACCACACAGCAUCUACUCAUCUAGAACAAUGGAAGAAGAAAUUGCUGCCCUUGUUGUGGACAACGGAUCCGGAAUGUGCAAAGCUGGCUUUGCUGGCGAUGACGCCCCGCGUGCAGUCUUCCCCUCCAUCGUUGGACGCCCCAGGCAUCAGGGCGUGAUGGUAGGCAUGGGCCAGAAGGACUCGUAUGUGGGUGAUGAGGCUCAGAGCAAGAGGGGCAUCCUGACCCUCAAGUAUCCCAUUGAGCACGGCAUCGUCACCAACUGGGACGACAUGGAGAAGAUCUGGCACCACACCUUUUACAACGAGCUGCGUGUGGCCCCUGAGGAGCACCCCGUGCUGCUCACCGAGGCUCCCCUCAACCCCAAAGCCAAUCGUGAGAAGAUGACCCAGAUUAUGUUCGAGACUUUCAACACCCCUGCCAUGUACGUGGCUAUCCAGGCUGUGCUGUCCCUGUACGCCUCUGGCCGCACAACCGGCAUUGUGAUGGACUCUGGUGACGGCGUCACCCACACCGUGCCUAUCUACGAGGGUUACGCCCUGCCGCACGCCAUCCUCAGGCUGGACCUGGCUGGACGCGACCUCACUGAUUACCUUAUGAAAAUCCUCACCGAGCGUGGCUACAGCUUCACCACCACCGCCGAGCGUGAGAUCGUGCGUGACAUCAAGGAGAAGCUGUGCUACGUGGGGCUGGAUUUUGAGCAGGAGAUGGGCACUGCUGCCUCCUCUUCAUCUCUGGAAAAGAGCUACGAGCUGCCCGACGGUCAGGUCAUCACCAUCGGCAACGAGCGCUUCCGCUGCCCGGAGGCGCUUUUCCAGCCUUCUUUCCUGGGCAUGGAGUCAUGCGGCAUCCACGAGACCACCUUCAACAGCAUCAUGAAGUGCGACGUUGACAUCCGCAAGGACCUGUAUGCCAAUACUGUGCUGUCUGGAGGCACCACCAUGUACCCUGGCAUUGCUGACCGCAUGCAGAAGGAGAUCACCUCCCUGGCUCCCACCACCAUGAAGAUCAAGAUCAUCGCUCCCCCCGAGAGGAAGUACUCCGUGUGGAUCGGCGGCUCCAUCCUGGCCUCCCUGUCCACCUUCCAGCAGAUGUGGAUCAGCAAGCAGGAGUACGAUGAGUCUGGCCCCAGCAUUGUCCACAGGAAGUGCUUCUAAGACUGUUGGAUGCACUCAUCCCCUCCCCCUCAUGAACACACUGCUGCCAACCUAAACAAGUGGCUCCAAUCAACACUGUAUGCUGAGCCUGCAGCACCUCGGCCCUUCUCUGUCCUGUCAUCACUGAGGAGCUCUGCAGGAAGUCCAGAGCGUCCAAACCCCCACAGGCAGUGUGAAUGUGAGGAAUUUGUGUGUUUAGUUUUCUUUCACCACCUUUAUUUGCCUCUAUGAAGGUUUCCAACUCGUGCUGCCCGGGCGUUCCUCUCCCCCGGCAGGCCUGUUAGUAUUGCUUAAUGUAAAUUAUGUCAUGUUUUGUUUUUGUACUUUCAGCCUUAAGAUAUUUGCUCCAGUUUGUCAAUAUGCAAAAAAUAAGAUGAAGCUACUUUGUAAGGUGGUUAUAGAAAGGUUUGUACAUGAGGCUAUCUUUGCCUCUGGUUACAUAAAAAUCAAUAAAAGCGCACAUGUCUGAGA